AUGGAAAACGCAGCGGACGCCUUCAACAAGCUCUUCACCAAGAAGCCAACAGUACAGGAGACCAAGGGCGACACAUCCACAACAAGCCCAACCCCAAAGGUCGGCGAGGAUGUCGACGAGACGGUCGACGCUGAGGUUGCCCCAGCAGUAGAACACACACACGUCAAGAAGGAGCACGAGACCCGGGAACAAACACAUGUUGAGAAGGAGGUACACAAGGAUCAUUACCACACCACCGUCCAACCUCUCAAGGACACCGAGGUCCUACCAGAGAAGCAUGACUACUCUCAAGAGACAAAGAAGAAGGUCGUGAACAACGACGACAACGCUGCGAAGAAGAAGGCCGAGGCCGACCGCGCGGGAUUCCAGAGCACCAAGGAUGAGAAGCAAUUCGAGUCGAGAGUCAAGGAGCCAACAGAGGUUGAGGAGCACGUGCACCACCACCUCCACGAGACAAUCCAGCCAGUCAUUGAGAAGGAGGUCAUUGCUCCAUCUGUUUCUCACAAGAGAACUGAUGUGAAGGAGGAGAUCCACGAGAAGUCUGAGAACCACGGUGUUACGACAAACUCUGCCAUCUCUAUCGAGGAGUUCAAGGGGAAGCUGGAAGGUGAGACUUUACCGGCGACGAAGGUUGCUGCUAAGGAUGUUUAA